AUGGAGGCAGUGUCCAUGGUAACAGCCGAGUCCCAAACCAUAAACAUCACAGAAGACUUCAACUCGACAGGCUGGAGUCUUGUUCACACCAUAGUGCCACCGUACAUCUUCAUUGUGUGUGUGACAGGAAUAUUAGGAAACGCCUUUGUCCUGCUUGUCUUUGCUCUCCACAAGGCCCGCUGGACAGUGCCAGAGAUUUACCUCGGCAAUCUGGCAAUAGCUGACCUCUUGCUUCUGGCCGGCUUGCCUUUCUGGGCUAUGAACAUUUUGAACCGAUUCAACUGGCCGUAUGGGGAUUUUCUGUGCAAGGCAGUUAACAUCUCCAUCGUGGGCAACAUGUACACUAGCAUCUAUUUGCUAAUGGUGGUCACAAUUGACCGCUACUUGGCACUUGUUCGAACCAUGACCGCAAGAUGGAUGAGGAGGACUCGUUAUGCGAAGGUGAUCUGCGUUGUUUUAUGGCUGUUUGGGUUUACCAUGACGACACCUAUGAUCAUUCAUAGGAGGGUGAAAUAUGUUCCAUUCCUUCGAACAGUGGCCUGUUUAAUUGAUUACCCAGGAGAAUCGUGGAAAAUUGCCAACCACAUUUCAAUGACUCUCGUAGGAUUUGCGUUGCCUUCAAUCAUUAUUGUUUUCUGCAACUGUAAGAUUGUGAUAGCCCUGAGAGGAAGGGGAGAACAUGUCUUUGCUCAGGACAAGAAUGACACCAAGGCUAUCAAACUGAUUUACGCCGUCUUGUUGCUCUUCUUCAUAUGCUGGUGUCCUUUCCACCUCUUCACGUUCCUUGAUCUGUUGUGUGAUCUUCACAUAUUGGACAUUAACUCAUGGGACCAUGUUCUUGACAUUGGGAACCAAUUUUCAACUUACCUAGCCUUUCUGAACAGUUGCUUGAACCCUGUGCUCUAUGUUUUUGCUGGUCAGUAUUUCAGAAAGAUGAUAGCAGAGAUCCACAGAAGGAAUAAGACUCGCAGACAGUCAGAAGACUUGGCUCUGCAGCGUUCAGUGAUAUCAACAUACCUCCAGCGCAUACCUCAAUUAAAUCCUGCUUUGUUUACACCAAACAAUAAAAAAUCUAAUCUGCAUGCACAAGAAACAAAGCAAUUACACACAGCCAUGUAAUAACCACAAUAGAUAUUGGGGAAACUAAAAAGAAGAAUAAAGUAUUGAUUGACAGCAGCGCAAAAUAUAACAAAAACAAACUAAGUAUUGACACUGCCCAGAUUGCAUUCCUGCUGUGGACAUAGUUUAGGUUAAAUGCACCUUUUCCAGACCUCACCGCCAAGUAAAGUGAAGGAUUGCAAAUUCCAGCUCUGUAUGUUAAUACUUACCAGCUUUGAACUUUUGAACAGCUUGCAAUAAAACCUUUAAACCUCAGGAUGCUUCU